CGCCGCCUUCCCGUGGUGCCGCGCGGGCGGCGGGGCCAUGGCGGCUCCCGCGGGCUCCUUGGUGGCCGCCGUGCUGGCGACCUCGGGCCGCCUGGACAAGGAGGGGCUGGGCACCCGCAUCGGCCGCCUCGCCCGCCGUGUGGAGGAGCUCAAGGGAGAGGUGUGCUCCGCCAUCACCAGCAAGUACAGUGAGUUCCUGCCCAGCGCACGCAGCGCCGAGGAGCUGGUGGCACAGGUGGACGGGCUGUCAGGGAGCAUCGAGCUGCUCAGGGCCGGCAUCGAGGAGCAGGUUCAACGAGACCUAAAUGUUGCUGUUGCUGAAUUUACUGAAUUGAAGCAGCAGCUGGAGCGAGACACACUGGUUUUGAGUAUUCUGAAAAAGCUACAAGAGUUUGAUACAGCUAUGAAAGAGUACAACACUGCGUUGCUGGAGAAGAAGUAUGUUGUAGCAGCUCAACAACUGGAAAAGGCACGAAGCAGCCUGAAAAUGCUGGAAUCCCGUAAAGGCUUUGAGCUGAAGAUCCUGAAGGCACUGGGCACAGAGCUGACGGUGCAGACACAAAAUAUGCUCUAUCAUCUAGGAGAAGAAUGGCAGAAAUUGGCUGUAUGGAAGCUUCCUCCUUCAAAAGAAAGUAGCAGCCCGGAGUCAGCGAUGCAUUCAGAAUUGCACUUAUGCACACUGCCAUCAAAAGAGGAAGAGAUUGCUGGCCUGCCUGUUGCUUCUGUGCUGCAGGCAUUUGCUAUCCUUGGAGAACUGCGCACCAAGCUUAAAAGUUUUGGCCAGUUGUUGCUGAAAUACAUCCUCAAGCCGCUGAUUUCAUACCCAUCUCUUCAGCCAUUCACAGAAGAACUGUCAGAUGUGGUCAUCCUGCGUUUUAAGUGUGAGAAGCCUGACUUGGAUCAUUCCUCUCCUGUGGAGGUUUUUGACAAGAUCAAGUUCGUUCUUGAAGUUCUUCACAAAUACUUGCUGAAUGUGCCAGUUGAACAGCGUGUGGAAGACAAAAAGGAAUGCAGAGUGACGCUGGCAGAACUGCUGGGUGAUAUGAUAUGGGAAGAGCUAUCAGACUGCCUCAUUCAGAACUGCCUAGUGAAUUCAAUCCCAACCAAUAAUAGCAAACUAGAGCAGUAUAUAGAGGUGAUUAAAUCCACAGAGGAAUUUGAAAAAGCCCUGAAGAACAUGCAGUUUUUGAAAGGAGACAUGACCGAUUUACUGAAAUACGCUCGUAACGUCAAUUCCCACUUUGCCAAUAAGAAAUGUCAAGAUGUGAUUGUGGCAGCCAGAAAUUUGAUGACCUCAGAAAUACACAAUACUGUAAAGAUCACACCUGAUUCGUGCGUAGCCCUACCAAAGCUUCCUGAUCCUGGGUCAGGAGAUCACUUAAACAUGCAAAAAACAUCUAAACAACUUCCUAAGGAGAUCGUGAAUUUGGAGAAUGAGACCAGACUGAGCCAGUACACGUUCUCUUUGCCCACAUGCCGCAUCAGUUCAUCGGUGGAGAAACUGAUGGAACUGGCUUAUCAGACACUGUUGGAGGCUACAGGCAGCACAGAUCAGUGCUGUAUACAGCUCUUCUACUCCGUGCGGAACAUAUUCCAGCUGUUUUAUGAUGUAGUACCAACAUACCACAGAGAGAACCUUCAGAAACUCCCCCAACUAGCAGCUAUUCAUCACAACAACUGCAUGUACAUUGCUCACCACUUGCUCACCAUGGGACACCAGUUCCAAUACCGCCUGACGAACAUCAUGUGUGGCGGAGCGGCUACUUUUGUAGAUCUGGUGCCUGGUUUUAGGAGACUUGGAAUGGAGUGUUUUCUGGCCCAGAUGCGAGUGCAGAAAGGAGAAAUCCUGGAGAGGCUGUCAAGUGCCAGGAAUUUUUCUAAUAUGGAUGAUGAGGAAAAUUACUCUGCAGCAAACAAAGCAAUAAGGCAGGUAUUGCAUCAGUUGAAAAGACUGGGGAAAGUUUGGCAAGAUGUCCUUCCAGUGAACGUAUACUGCAAGGCCAUGGGGACCUUACUGAACACAGCGCUCUCAGAGAUUGUCACUAGGAUUGCUGCCCUAGAGGAUAUCUCUGCAGAAGAUGCAGACAGGUUGUACUCCCUCUGUAGGAUCAUGGUAGAGGAAGGACCCCAAGUUUUCACCCCACUCCCUGAAGAGGACAAAAAUAAGAAAUAUCAAGAGGAAGUUCCAGUGUACGUGAAGAAAUGGAUGACGUUCAAAGAGCUGAUGAUCAUCUUGCAAGCUAACCUCCAAGAAAUAGUAGAUCAAUGGGCAGAUGGGAAGGGGCCUCUUGCCGCUGAAUUCUCCCCAGCUGAAGUGAAGAGUCUGAUACGAGCCUUGUUCCAGAACACGGAAAGAAGGGCAGCAGCACUGGCCAAAAUCAAGUAACUGUUUGCUCCUACAUGUUGCAUCUUCUGAUAAGGCAAGAAUGAACUGAGAAUCUUUAUUUUUUGGAUUUGAUCUUUCUUGUACCGGACUACAAAAAGCUUGGCAUUAGGUGUGUGCUUCCUGGAGGCUUGACUAAGGGAGGAGAAAAAUUUGCUAGCUCACUCAGCAGGGCAGAGGGGAUGGUUCUGUGAGUCUGAGAACAGGGAACCAGAGGUGGGUAACACAUGGGCACUAACUGCAGCUGCUUUCUCUGCCACAUGGAGUUUGGGCUUGAAAAUUCAAGCUCUUGCCCUGCUCCCUGGAGGUGUUAUGCCCAGAUUGUAGUUGUGCUUUACAAGCUGGUGCGUAUACAGUCCUGGUGAAGAAGAGAUGCUUUUUGUGGUAUUUGCUAAAUUCUAUCUUCUUGGAUUUCAUCUUCUUGUAAGCCCAGCACAGGCAAAUAAAUCAAGUUCUUUAUCUGAACUCCUUGUGAGACUGAGCACUGCUGGCAGGUGGGCCUCUCAGGCAAGGUGCUGUACAGUGUCAUCUCAAGCUUGCUUGCUUCAGGGUCUUGCAGAGGGAUUGUUAUUUCUCACUUGUGAAUCUUACCUAUGCAGUUUUACAUCAGGGGACGUGUCCCCCCUUUGUGUCUUACCUCUUCUGUCCCUGCAAAUUACAUACGAAACCCACAAGCAGUGGUAGCUUUUGGUGUCCUUCUAAGAAUGCUGAAGUGCCAAAUUCUGCUCUUACCCACCUGUUUUGUUCAUGUUUCCCUGAACAACACACCUCAAAAGAGUGAAAAUUAUAUGGGGGGAGAGGAAACCCUGUUUCAAGUGAAAUGUUUACUGAGUCAGAGGGUUUCGCACAUGUGACAACAUUCCUAAUGGAUUUAUUUCUCUUGGGACAUAUCUUAAAACUGAAUUCAAAGUUUUCAAUCUGACUUUGCCAGCCAUGAAAGCCCGUUCAGCUCCUAUUUUUAGCUUUUGAUUUGUGUAUGAAUUUACUAGGUCUGGCAUCUAUUGUCUUUUUGAUAGCAACUUUACUGUACUUUAAGAACUAUAUAAAUGCUAGUAAAUACAAGGGAAGUAAAGGGAAUUAAGUGUGCACUUAGAAGAUAAUGUUCUAAGUUACGAAAGGCUGUUUGGGACUUCAAAAAAUGCACAUUUAUUUUAUUUGGAAAGCUUUUCAAUUGCAUUUGUUGAAAUGUAGCCCAGAUCCCAAGAUGUGCCCCUUGCUGCACAGAGUAUUUCCUGCUACGUAGUGGUUUGUAAGCACGUCAUGACCUGCUUACACAAGUUUUAACCGUAGAGCUACACCUUUUAAUGUUACCUAUCAUUGCAUCCUUUUUAUUUGGAUGUCUGUCUGGCUUCUCUGUGCAUUCCUGAGCAUUUUGGGGGAUACCAAAAUUACAGCUGGCUUUUACAUUGCACCCGAAUCACAGCAGAACCUCAUGGCUGGUCUGUGUGCUGGAUCAGCCAGGCAUAGCCAGAUCUGGGGCCGAGGAGACUCCUUGGUGUGGGCCUUAAUUAGUAGAAGCCUGGGUAAUUAGUAGAAGCCUGGGGAGGCGACAGGUGCAGUCAAGUUCCCAUUUACACUAAAUCCAGCCUCUGAGAAUGCAAAAACAAAGGCAAGCAUUGAUCCAAAAUCUGUCACUCUAGCUUUUCCUUUUUUUUUCCCUUUCACUACUUUAAGUAAUUCAUUUGAGGGUUGACAGUGUUCCCAUGACGCUUGCAUCUCUUGGGAGCCCUUGCCCUUUUAUAAAUGGGAAACCAAAAAAUUGAUAUUUUGAAAAACACCACUUCUCUCACGUGGAUUAUUCACAGAAAUGUAAUAUGCUAUUUUCUUUAAUAAACUAUUUAUACUGGC